AUGGUCCAGCAGACCAGCAACGCGGAGAACAGGGAAGCCCUCCUGGCCGGGGAGACGUCGGACUCCGGGGCCGGGCUGGAGCUGGGCAUCGCCUCCUCCCCCACGCCGGCCUCCGGGGCGCACACGGGGGGCCGGGCGGACGACCCGGGCUGGUGCAAGACCCCCAGCGGCCACAUCAAGCGGCCCAUGAACGCCUUCAUGGUCUGGUCCCAGAUCGAGAGGAGGAAGAUCAUGGAGCAGUCGCCGGACAUGCACAACGCCGAGAUCUCCAAGCGCCUGGGGAAGCGCUGGAAGCUCCUCAAGGACGGGGACAAGAUCCCUUUCAUCCGGGAGGCCGAGAGGCUGCGGCUCAAACACAUGGCCGACUACCCCGACUACAAGUACCGCCCCAGGAAGAAGGUCAAAUCCGGCAACGCCUCCUCCACGCAGCCCUCCACGCUUGCCUCGGCCGCCCCCAAGCCGGGGGAGAAGGGAGGAGGGGGCUCCAGCGGGCUCCCCAAGCCUCCCCCCAAGAAAUCCGGGGGGAAGCCCCCCCCCAGGCCGGAGGCCGAUGUAGUGGCCGCCCCUGGGGCGCUGCAGGCGUCCUGCACAACGCCCAGUUCGGACAAACGAGCCAAACGCCCAGCCUCCUCCUCCUCCUCCUCCGCGCCGCCCUCCGGGCCUGCGGGGGAGCCUCCAUCGCCCGCAACGUCCAGCGCAGCCUCGUGCCCCUCGUCGGAGGACGAGUUCGACGACGACCUGCUGGACUUGCAGCCCAGCCCGGGCUUCGAGAGCAUGGCCCUCAGCAGCCUCAGCUCCUCCUCCUCCUCUUCUUCCUCCUCCUCCUCCUCCUCUUCCUCCUCCUCCUCCUCCUCCUCCCUGGAUCGGGACCUGGAUUUUAGCCUGGAAGCGGGAUCCGGCUCCCACUUCGAGUUCCCGGACUAUUGCACGCCGGAGGUCAGCGAGAUGAUCUCCGGGGACUGGCUGGAAUCCAGCAUCUCCAACCUGGUCUUCACCUACUGACCCCGGGUUAGGUCGAGGACACCCCCAAAACCCCUGCACCCCCAUUGCAUGGACCUCCUUCCCUCCCUCCUCCUCCUCCCGGGGGGCAUUUUUUUUUUUCCGGGAGGGGGACAUGAUUUUUUUUUUUUAAGAAAAUUAUUAGCAAAGUCAACCCCCUCCCCGUCUUAUUAUUAAUUUUUUUUUGCUGGAAAUAUUGCAUCUCUCCCCCCAGGGUGCUCACACCCUUUUGCAGGGCCGUGCAUGCAUGCAUUUGUGCAUGCACGCAGUGGGUCUCUGCGUGCAUGCAUGUGGGGGGUGCUGCAUGCGUGCACGCAGUGGGUCUCUGCGUGCAUGCGCGUGUGGGACUGCAUGCAUGCACGCAGUGGCUCUCUGCAUGUCUGCAGGGGGACUUUGCGUGCAUACAUGCACCCAGUGGCUCUGCAUGCCUGCAGGGGAACUUUAAGUGCAUGCACGUAGUGGCUCCCUGCAUGCAUGCAUGUAUGCAUGCAUGUGGGGAACUGCAUGCAUGGAGGUGUGCACGCAGGCCUACACGUGAGGGAGUCUGCAUGCUUGCAUGUGGGGCCCUCCACAUGUGGGGGCUCUGCAUGCAUGCAUGCAGGGCUCUGCAUGCAAUGUACUGGA